UAUCCUAAAAAGUGAACGCUUGCUUGCCUGCCUACAAUUUGGAUGCAUCUAUUCUCUUCUCACGAUAACCUACCUAUGUGCUCGCUCGCACAUUCCCCUUCUCUUGGAAUCUAUAGUAAAAUCCCCAUCUUUCUCUUCCAAAGCCCACAGGCUUGAUCCAUCCAUCGUCAGAAACUAUUAAGGAGUUGUGGUAGCUAGUCCAUGCAGAAAUCUCAGGUGAUUGAUGAAAUUGUUGCCUUUUUCGUUCUUCGAAAAUCGUGAUAAUCACUGGCAAAAAAAGAAAACUGUGAUAAACCAAAGGUAAUUUAUUCAACAAUUGUGUGUGACGGCACAAUAUUGUAUCCAUCAAAUUGUUAUCUCUUGUCCGAGCCGCUUAGCAAAUUGUCGCCUCAGGUUUAUGCUCUGCUCUAGCCUCUAGGGUUUUCUAAGCUAUGCUUUGCUUGGGAACAUUCUCUAAUAUUCCUCGUGAAAUGGAAACAACCCAAAAAAUUGGCAUCAUCAACUGAUUUGUCACUGCCGGCUCAAAAAAUGUACCAAAAGCUGUACUAGCUCAUAUAUACAGGGCAUGCACUGGCAUAAGAUCAACAAAAUGUAUCCUUCUCACACUAUGGUAGGCCUUAUUCUGGUUUGGACGGAAUUAGUAUUAGAUUCAUUUAGGCAAGUGUGCUGUCAUUUCCAUGAGGAGAAAUGUCAUAGAUUCUCUUCUAAAAGUUUGGACUUUUUUUAAGAAUUGGAAACCUUGUCUUUUUGCUCGAGAGAUGGUGAGAAUAUAUGAAACAGAUGAUUUUCUGUUCAUUAAUUUUUUUUUUUUUGGUUUACAUUGUAUGGUGUUGGUUCUUAAUAGUCAUCGGGUGUGCUCCACAUGCAUUCGCACUCCUCUGUGUUUCACGUUCUUUAGAAAAAGGCAUUAAUGCUCUAGUUAUCUACAGAGAAAUCUUUAUUAGGCAGAGAAAUAAAGUGAUACAAAAAAUAAAGUAAUAGGAACAGAGAAUUUUACAUAUGUACCCGUCCAAGAUUCUUUUUGUGGAGGAAUAACACUCUCCUGUAAUUUUCUCUCUCUUUCUUUUGAUCAACACGUCUCAAGGAAAGCAUAUAAAAGAGGGAGGGUGGAUACCAGCUUUUACUCGUGGUUAUAAUGGCAGGGCCUGAUAACCAAGCCAAGCCUAUUGACAGAAGAGAUUUUGCGACGGUCUUAGCAUCCCAAGGGGUUGAUUUUCUUAUUUCCGUUGAAGGAAAGGUACCCUUAUCAUCAUGUGAUGGGAAGAUAAUCUGCCUCUUCUUCUCGGCAAACUGGUGCAGGCCAUGCAAAACCUUUGUUCCUCAGCUUGUGCAACUUUAUAACAGCCUGAGAGAUGAGGGUAAAAAUCUAGAGAUUAUCUUAAUCUCCUUUGACCGUGAUGAGGAUGGAUUCAAGGAGCACUUCAAGUGCAUACCGUGGCUUGCAGUUCCAUUUGAUGUGGAAUUGAACAGAAAAUUGAGUGAAAUCUAUGGCAUCAAUCGCAUUCCAUCAUUUGUUUCAUUGGCUUCAGAUGAAAUAUCAAUUGAAGAAGAUCUGAUUGGGUUGAUAGAGGACUAUGGUUCCCAAGCAUUUCCCUUCACCUGGAGGAGAAGAGAGGAACUGAGGGCUAUUGAUGAUGAAAAGCGCCGAGGUGGAAAACUAGAACAGCUUUUGGCGCACGAAGGACGAAAUUAUGUUUUAUCUAGAGAUGGUAGACAGAUGACAAUAUCCGAACUUGUUGGGAAAACAAUAGGCCUCUAUUUUGGAGCAUACUGGUGCCCUCCUAGCCGUGCCUUUACUACCCAACUUGUAAAAGCUUACAAUGAGCUGGUAACCACAAGGAAUGGAUGCUUCGAAAUUGUAUUGGUGUCCACAGAUCGAGACCUUAUAGAAUUUAAUACCAACCUAAGUAACAUGCCAUGGCUUGCCAUUCCAUACGAGGAUAGGACCCGUCAAGACCUGUGUAGGAUAUUCAACAUUAAAGGGAUUCCUGCUUUGGUGAUGAUUGGGGAGGAUGGAAAGACUAUUAGCACAGAUGGGAAGGGGAUGAUUUCUUCGUAUGGUGCCAAGGCCUUCCCGUUCACAGAGAGGAGGAUUGCAGAGAUAGAAGCAGGGUUGAAAAAGGAAGGAGAUGCAUUGCCUCAGCAAGUGAAGGACAUAAAGCAUCAACAUGAAUUGAAAUUAGACAUGGCAAAAGCCUAUGUUUGCGACUCUUGUAAAAGGCAAGGGAGGUUCUGGGCAUUCUCUUGUCAGGUGUGUGAUUAUGACCUUCACCCUGGAUGUGUGCAAGAAACAGAGUAAUUUUAUCAAUACUAGUGAUAAUAAAAUUAAAUAUUAAUACACUAGUCGUAACAAUGCGUUAAUUAUUUUGGGUACUUCAACUGUAAGCAGUGAUGGGUGUACUGCUGUUGAUUUAUAUAGAUAUAUUUACCCAAAUUGAUUUU